AAACCUAGCAAUCAUCAUGGCGGGAGGAGACCACCAUACCUACAAGGCGGACCCGUCCAUUGAGCGAUGGCAGCAGAUGCACAACACCAUGUAUGAGCGCUUCCGCUUCACCCCGACAAAGGUUCGUGCCAUUCUCCUCUGGGGACUCGCCGUACCUUCCCUCGCCUACUACCUGGCAAUCAAGACAGAUAACAAGUGGGAAUUCAGAGGACGCCUGAGGGGAGAGUCGAUUCUGCGCAAGCCGCCUCAAGAUGCGGAGCCCAAGGAGGAGUAAGAGGGUACCCAGCGAGGCUGUUGAUGCGAUCGAGGCUCUGGGCGCUACGAUUUGCAAUACUACCAUCAUCAAGCUAAGUGCGACAUGCAGCUUAGGGCGACGGCGACGCGGUCCAGAGGCGUGAAGCGGGCGCUUGAGACCAGGCGCCAAAAGCGCCCGAUGGUUCGCGCCAAGUGCCUGGCGACGACCAGCUUGUCUUAGCAUUCAAGCUGUUAGGCGGCAGAAGGCUCGAC